AAAUCGAUAAUCUUGAAGUUUUAAAUAAGCAAUGAUUGAUUAAAAAAUCAUUUUUAUAUAUUGUCAAUCGGAUAAUUCGCAGUUGCCAUUAAUUGAGCAAAAAUUAUUGGAGAAAGAGAAGAUACAUAGAAGAACGAUCAGCAAGAAGCCCAAUAAAAAUACUAAAAUGAGACUAAAUGUUAGACUUAUUCGUAUUCGUGACAAGUUGGUUCUAUGUUUGAGUGCACUCGCCAUCGUGUUCACGUUAUUGUUAGUGAUGGAUUUACAGAUGGACUUGGGCUACAGUGGCCAUCAUUUGAAUCCCAGCCAUGCUCGAGUCCGAAUCGGUGAUCCGCCGGAGACUGAUACCGUUUACAACAAUUUCCGUCGGAAAUUUCUUCAACGAGGUAACGGCAGUCGCGAACAGGCUAAUAAUGACGUAACGCCCAUUAUUGAAAAAUCAAAGAAAAGCGGAGUAAUGUCAUUGUCAUCAAUAAAAAAGCAUGAUGAUUUCUCGGAUUUGAUGGACUUGAUAGUGAACGGGUAUGCAGUAAACGUUGAUGAAGGAGUGGCAAUAAUUAGCAGAGAGGACAGAGAAUAUAAUCCGACGAUCGGAGAAUUGAGAAAGAUGAUAUUGAAAAAAAUUUUCAAGUUUACGAGACUUGGAGGGAAUGGAACAUGAAAUAGGAACAAACAUAUUCACCUGGCGCAACAUGUCGUCUGCGGUGUGUUGAUUCGAGCAUUACUUUAAAGAAAAAUUCUUUCUAUAUUUAUAUAGUUUAAACAAAAAUGCACAUCAUCUAAGUCUAAAAUACGAGAAGAAAGGAAACUAUUAUUGGGAAUGCGAGGUAAGGAGUAAGAAAAAGAAAUUUUACAAAACAUUUAUUGAAAAAAAAGAAAAAAAAGAUAUUACAUAAAAAAUAAUUCUUUUAUUUUAUAUUUUAUAUUUUUAAAAGAGUACACGUUUAAACAUAACGAUAUAUAGCACGAGAUUUUACGAAUUUAUGUU